GGGGAUCGGAAAGGAUGACGUCAUCACAGUCGGCCGAACUGGGCACCGCAAAGCUUCUUGGGAAAUGUAGUUCCCCCAAAAGUGGGCAGAGAGGAGGUUGGGAGUCGAGGUGCCAGAAACCAUUUCAGGUUAAUGUUGCAGGUUCCAAGAAUUUCAUGGAUAAGUUUGUUGUACGAAAACCCAGAACUGAGGGACAAGCGAAGAAACAAGGAUGCGGAGGAAAAAACUACAAGCAAGCCACUAUAGAGUCUCUGAAGAGAGUUGUGGUUGUUGAAGAUAUAAAAAGAUGGAAAGCUAUGCUAGAGCUUUCAGGGCAGCCUAAGGAGAACCUAAUAGAGGCCUUAAUGGAAUUAAAGAAGAAAAUACCCUCAAAGGAAGUUUUACUUUCAACCAAAAUAGGCCAUACUGUGAAUAAGAUGCGUAAGUAUCCAGACAAAGAUGUGGCUACUCUUGCCAGAGAAGUAUAUACUGAGUGGCGAACGUUUAUCAAGGAUCAUUCAAAUAGACCCUCAAUAGAAGUGAGGAGUGACCCCAAAACGGAGAGACUUCGACAGAAUGCACGAAAGUUGCUUGCUGAAGCUUUAGAGACAGAGAUUGGGCACCCGCUGGCGGAAAAUAUUGAGCGAGAAGCUUUUCAUCUCUCUUCCCGUCUCAUUAACGGACCCUACCGCAGGACCGUGCGAACACUCAUCUUCUCUUUAAAGCACAAGCCUGAAACUCGUACACAAGUGCAAAGUGGUGAGCUGUCACUUAGCACAUUUGUGCAAAGCCACAAAAAGUAACUGAAGUCCCUGAUCCAGAGUAGGGCUGUGUGAGCCUAACAUAUCCAGAUCAUGUAACAAGAGGUGAUUCUUCAGUUUCUUGGGUGGGUAGGAUAAUAAUGUUAACCACAUAUUGGUUUGGUAGUACUGGAGGAACGUAAACAUUUUGGGAAAUCACUGUGGGUCAAGUCUUCAUUUUAUGCAAGAGGUGGUGUGCACUUUAGAGAGUAAACAGGAACGGGGAAAUGAAAUCUACUUUACGUUAUAACAGCAUGGAAGGUAACUUUAAUUGGAAGAUGAGCUCAUCUUUGGAGGUAAAUUUUGCUCCCACUGCAGAAUACAGUAGAACCCUACAGGGUCUUUGUAGUAUGCAUUAAAGAAACACUGGUACCAAAUGCAAUGGGGCCACAAUUAGCUUAUAUAAACUGAAGACCAGCCUCUUUGUUUUCCUCCAGUAUAUGAGUCAUCUCUGUUUCACAUAUUCUGUACUAUUAUCUGCUCACACUUCAUAACAAAUUACUGUACCUAAACAGAUUUAUUCUUCAACUCAAUAUUGAGUUUAUAUAUGUUAAGGACUUUUUUAAAAAUAAAACAAACCAACUUAUUUUGAAAUCCAGUCAACUAUGAGAAAAUAGCCCGUUAGAGAGGUCUACUCAAUAAAAGCAAACACUGUUUGUAAUAAAAUCUGAACAGCUAUGAUUUUGAAAUCUUUUAACAUGAUAUUAAAAAAUCUCUUAUUUAUAGUGCCACAAGGGGAAGGUUAAUGAAUUCAAUCACCUUCCCCCCAAGUCUUCUAUUUUAAUAUAUGUAUGGUCAAGAUAGUAUUGAUUUAAGAAUAAAUGUGAUUAGAACUCA